GUAAUAAAUUUGUUAGUAACGCUGGUACCAGUUGUGGACUGCUCGGAAGCAGUGCACGUUCGAAAUGACCUGAAUGAGGAAGAAAAAGAAGUUUGUUCAGCAACAGCAAAUUUCGAAACAAUUGUCGAGAAUCUCUUGGAUAAGUUAGUGGAGUUUUGA